CCAGAAGUCUCCUUUAACCACAGUGGAGGUUCCAACUUGUUGGUUUUUGCAGACCUGAGGAAAGAGCAGAAUGAAUAUGGUUCAGAAAACUGUGCUUAUCACUGGAUGUUCCUCUGGCAUAGGUCUGGCCAUUGCUGCCAAAUUAGCCAGGGACGAGCAGAAAAGAUUCAAAGUUUAUGCCACAAUGAGAAACCUAGCAAAAAAAGAUGAUUUGGUUGGAGCCACAGAAGGAUAUUUGGGAAAAACAAUGGAAAUCAAAGAGAUGGACGUGUGCUCUGAAGACUCCAUAUGCAACUGUGUGAGGAGCAUUCCAGAUAGACACAUUGAUAUUUUGGUGAGCAAUGCUGGAGUCGGACUCAUUGGCCCAAUUGAAUGCCAAACCAUAGAUGAAAUGAAAACUGUGAUGGAUACAAAUUUCUUUGGACUAGUCCGACUUCUGAAGGAAAUCUUACCGGACAUGAAGAAAAGGAAGAGUGGACAUAUAGUAAUAAUCAGCAGCGUUAUGGGGAUACAAGGUAUCCUGUUUAAUGAUGUCUAUGCAGCUUCCAAGUUUGCAGUUGAAGGCUUUUGUGAGAGUCUGGCAAUACAAGCCUUGAAGUUCAAACUCCAGUUGAGUCUCAUUGAGCCUGGGCCUGUCAUCACAGAGUUUGAAAAAAAAGUGUUUGAAGAUGGAAUGAAAAUGGAUCUUUCGGCUGCAGAUAAGGAAACAGCUGACAUGUUUACUAACAUCUACCUUAAAAAUUACAAAUCCAUCUUCCAAAGUCUUGGCCAGACGGCUGAAGAUGUGGCAGAGCACACAAUGAAGAUAGUGCUCUCUGAAAACCCACCAUUCCGUCACCAGACAAACACAUUGUACACCCCGAUGACAACUCUGAAAUAUGCCGAUCCGAAUGGAGAUCUGCCCAUCGACACAUUUUAUAAGAUGGUCUUCCAGCAUGAUAAAAUUUUCAAUGCCAGUCUUAAUUUCAUUAAGCUUUUGAGAUGGAGGAGUAAAAAAAGCUUUGACCUUGGAAAACCACAGCCACAAUAAUUGCAGUUGAUAAAAACGUCAGAAUUCUUUCUUUUUAAAUAAAAUACAUCGAUGCUAAACUGUCUCUGCAGUGGGAGCACGUAAUUAGUAAUCUACUAUUCAUCAGUUUGGGAUUUGGCUGAAUACUAACAAAAUCUUAACCAUAAUAUGGGCUAGACUCAAAAUAAAUAAAAACAUUUUUCAUCUUUAGUUGACCAAUAUCAAGGUCAAAAGACAUUUAGAACACGUAUUCAGUUUGGCCAGGUGGGCAGAAUUCUGCUGAAUACAUUUCUUGCAAAAAGAGCUGGGAUUCAGCAGAAUGCCAAACUGAGUCCUACACUUAAUUAGAAUGAUCUUUGUUUAAAAGGAGAACUAAAUCCUAAAAAUGAAACUGGAUAUUAAUGUCCUAUUUGAAAUACUGAACUGACUGUGCCAGCCUAAAGGUUCAGCAUCCCUGUAACAAUUAUGACCCCCUGCUCCCCCGGUAGUUCCGCCACUGCAGGUCUUUACUGCCAAAUGGCUGUGUUUGCCUGGGGCUGGUACAGAAUCUCAAAACAUAAUAUGCAGCAUUUCUAGGUUACUUUUUUGUUAAGAUUUAGUUCUCCUUUAACAAAACAGUUGUACAUACAGAGACAAAAUAUUAUCUUGAAAGUGUGUAAUGUAUGAAAGUUAAGAAGCAAACGACUUUCCUCUUGUCCACCAGUAACACUGAAAAGCACCUUUUGAAUUCCCAGCAUACAUGUAUACACUCACAAAGACGCACACACAGGCAGCCCCUUGUGAUGUCGAUGCUUCAUUCUGAGAGGUUUGCUAACUACUAGUCAUGUUGUGCUGCAAUCUGUUUAGCCUGUAAGCCAACCCAUCUGAAGUUAGUUAUCUAAAAUCCUUACUGUAUCACUGAAAGGUAAAGGGACAGACUCAUAGUGCCAAGUGGUUUCAAUCCCAUAUGUUAGAGCAGUGGAGGUUUUGCUGAACAAUUUAACAGAUCCCCCUGCAUUGAGUGACCCAUUUCUAGAUGAAACUUGCUAAGACUGCCUUUACACAGGCAGAACUAUAUUAAUGUUCCUUUAUGCUGAGCUAAAAUGGAACUUAAACACACAGCUUGACCAAAUUCUAGUGUAAUUAUUCAUACAAAUUAUUUUCAGUAUUGGCAGGAAUGUAGUGUUUAAAUGCUCGUUGUUAUAAUAGUUAUAGUGCCUGAUAAAGCUCUAAUGAUGAUUAAAUAUGAUUAUGUAGAAUGUCUAAAAGUUAUUUCCAGGACAUUGCUGCAAGUUUUGGAAAUUGUGUUUUUAUUUUUAAAUCUUUCUUUUCUUUUGUUUAAUAAAUGUUGGCUCAAUUUCUGUUAUGAGAAAAAAAAGUAUGAGAUGGGUCGUUAAAAGAAUGUAUUCAUGUUAAUGAAUGUAUUGAAUAAAAAUUAAUUAAUCAAUUAA